AUGGCUCAAGUAUCUAGGCUCCGCGCAACCUUGACGCUGCUCAAGAACCUGGCGCUGGCUGCACUGCUCUACGGAGCCAUAUACGGCCUCAUUUCUUUUGUCAGCGACCCCUCGGUCGCGGCAAAGGGCAAGAUUGGCAUUCCCGCCUUCCUCGACAAGGCUGGACCGACAGAGCUGAUCGAGACCACCCGCUCCGGCGUCAAGGUCAAAUUUGCCGGCACCACCAAGACCGUCACAAUCAACCCGCACGCCAAUGUCUUCAACCGCCCCAUUACCGCCGUCAAGAACAAGGACGACUACCUGGGUCCUCGCCCCCACGUCGACACCGAGGCCGACAUCGACAUGUUGAUUGAAGAGUGCAGGGGCACAUAUGCUGGCAUCGAGAAGAUGAGGAAGCCGUUUGAUUGCCUAAAGUUCUUUGCAGAGGGAGAGGAUCGCUACUACAGCCUGCCUGCUGCCGCCGACCGUGCAAGUGCCCAAGACCCCCGCAAAGCAGACUUUAUAAACGCAGACGGCCACGGAAACACACUGGACAAAUACACCCCCGUAAAGGACGCGGUCGCUGCUAAUGGCACCAACAUUGGAACCUGCCCCGGCCCAAUCAUCCCAUACCACGUCUACUGGACCGGUCCAGCUACUUGGCGAGUUGAGGUCUUCAUCAAGAGUUACUUGUACACCCAGAAUCUCGCUUGCUCUCGUUUGUGGCUGUGGCUUGACAGCGACCGCAACCCCAAGGCUGUUUACAACAUGCUCAACAAGGACGCUCUCUUCGCCCGUUUCUUGCCCCUGGUAGAAAGAGGUGACAUUGUUGUCAAGGCCUGGAACUUCCCUAGCCGCAUUCCUCUGGCUACCGACAAGGAAAACAAGAACGGCUUCAACUACUACAGCAAGCCUGGACUGCCCAACGCAAAGGGCGAGAGGGACGUGGCCGAGAACAUUGUUGAAGACAAGCAGGGACAGCAGUGGCUCGUACUGACCCAGAAGCAAAUGACCUUCCUCCCCGUCGCCGUCUCUGACGCAGUCCGCUUCAUUGUCUUGCACAUCUACGGCGGUGCCUACUUCGACAUGGAUGUACUCAUGCUCAGGGAUAUGCGUCCGCUCCUUUUGCCCAAGGAACACGCUUUUGCUGAGCGAUGGGCUGCUCACCCCCACCCAGGCGAUUACAACACGGCCAUCAUGUCCCUUUCUGCAAACUCCUCGCUUUCUUCCUAUCUGCUUUACGGUGGUAUUCGCAUGGGUGUCAACUUCCACCCCCGUGUCCUUGGUCGCAUGGCUUGGAAAGACGGACGUGAUCAGGAAUUCAAAAUGUUCGAGACUGCCGCAUUCGAUCCCAUCUGGACGGAAUUCAACUGGGACCGCGAGGGCCGAUGCACCGUUCCAUGCAUUCGUGAUUACAGCGCUGUGUUCAAGGGCAAGAUUAGUGGAAUCCGCGAUGAAUGGGAGAGCUACGACGGGCCACAGUUGGACCGCAUUGAUCUCAAAGAUGCGCAGCGCAAGGAGCUGAGUUCCAGUACUCAGAACGAAAAGCGUGACCAAGACAAUGUACCAGCGUCUUCAGCAGCGCAGACUCCUAGCAACGGCGACAAACCGGGACACCAUGAUUCAUUCCAAGCUACGCUCGACGAGGAAGCUGAGCUCCGCAAGGCUGGUGUCAUUUCCGACUAUGUCCUCAAGGAAGACAAGUUCCCACCAAACAACCGCACCCUUGAGAACUUUUUCCGUGGUGCAUGGACUUAUCAUAUCCACAACCAGUGGAUGAAACACCCUGAGCCCUCAUCCUGGCUUUCAGUUCUCGAACACGCACAUGACGGUUUCAUUGCCGGCAAGCGCACCAAUCCCUAUGGCGAGAAAUGGACCGGCCCCAGCAUCAUGCCAUACAACUACUGGCCAGAGUACGUAUGA